AUGCCUAGCGAUGGCACUCCAGCCUGGGACUCUGUCUCAAUGGACCUACAAAAUAAAGGAAACUUUAACACGCCUCCUGGUGUCGAUCCCUUUGGAAAUGUUGAAGCGAUGAGCUCGGCAAAUGAGGUCUUGGACUCCGACUUAGCAUCCGGCGACAGAGUUGAAUUUCAAAACCCGGGGGGACGUACUACGCCGCUGACUUACAGCGCCGUGUUUAUUGAACCACGGCGUCAACUUUCACAAGAUAUCCUCGCUAGCGAGCCAUUAGGCCCGACAUCUGGUCGUCAGUUGGAGAGUUGGCGGUCCGAAGCCAGUUCCCAAAUUACAGAAGUCGCCUCUGUGAAUCAUACCUUGCUGGAUACGCUUCCAACGCCUCCCGAUACGGCAGAUGAGCCGUACAUCACUGCAGUAACUCAUCACCCACUCGACUGCUUCAAUGCUUUUCUGGUGCUUGGAAAAGGCGUCCAGGAUAUCGAGAAGAGCACAAUCCCUCAAUCACACGAUGGUAUUUAUAGGAAGGGCUGCGGUUGGCAACUCACUUCUCUGCCGCUCAUUGGCAAGUGGCGGAACCAAGCCACGGGCAACGGUGGCAGCCGCAACGCCCCGCACAUCGGCCGGGAACCCCGCGCCGAAACCGGCCGUCCGGGCGCCGGCGCCGUUCCGACCGGACGAUACCCGACGCAACUGACUUGCACCAUCCAUCAACCGACCAAUCGCUCCACCCUCUUAACCCUCCACGCUCCGAUUAGGAAGCACAUCAUCGCCCAAUGCUCCCCUUCUCUCUACAACCUCUCCGUCCUAUUGGAGCUCCCUCCGACAUCUCCAUAUCGGCACCGGCUGCAACCCUCCAUCCACCCGCUCAGCCAAACGGUUCACAUCCAACCGACCAACCCCAUCCCCGGGCCUCCCAAACCCGGCUUCGGUAAAGGCUGGGGUCCAGUGCCGUUAUCAACAAACCCCACCAAACUCCUAUCUCGGCGGGGGAAAGCUCUACCUCACCCCGACACGGCAAACAUGGAUUCGGUGGGAUUGCAUACAUAA